AUGCCGGGCAAACACAUUGCUGACGCUUCUGAGGAGCCUUGUAGGCGAUGCAAGGGCGUUUCCGUGCUUGUCGUUCGCUCUGAACCCCUCUGCCAUGACUGCUUCGCCCGCUAUGUUCACACCAAAUGCAUCAAGCGUCUGGAAUCUUUCCGGGUCAACUUUGGCGCACAGAAGCAACGCAGGAUUCUGGUUCCCCUGUCUUUCGGAUUCUCAUCCAUUUCCCUCCUGCAUGUCCUGGAUUUGCAUCUCAAGACGCAGAAGAGCAAGACUGGCCGCACUGGUUUUGAGAUUAGUGCAGUCCAUAUUCGAGAACCAGGACAUGCCGUGCAGACUGAAGAGCUUCUGGAGAAAGUCCGCGCACAAUAUCCAGACCAUGACUAUGUUUCAUUACCUUUGCACGAUGUAUUUCGUUUGAUACCAGACGAUGCGUCACUCAAGACCCUACUGCCCCAAGCUCAACAAAAGGCUGAAGCAAGCCCCGAAGACCAGUUGGUGCACAUGAUUAAUUCCCUCACCUCGGCCACAGCUCGCGCUGACGUAAUCUCUACUCUCCGAACCCGCUUAAUUGUAGAGCACGCCAAGUUGGCUGAUUGCGAGAGCAUUCUCUGGGGAGACAGUACCACCACUCUAGCUCAAAAGACACUCGCAGAAACAGCAAAAGGCCGCGGCUUCUCUCUUCCUUGGCAAAUAUCAGAUGGCGAAUCCCCUUUUGGCCUCCAGUUCCACUACCCUCUGCGAGAUGUUCUCAAGAAAGAACUCGUAUCUUAUGUCAACAUGCCAGAAUCUGGUCUGGUCUCACUCGUACACGAGUCAUCCUCAGGCCCCACACAAGCAUCUACGAGCUCCAAAAACACAACCAUAGACGACCUCAUGAAGCAAUAUUUCGAGUCGGUUGAAGAAAACUUUCCAAGUAUCGUCGCAAACGUUGUUCGCACCACAGGCAAACUCCAAGCCCGUCCUGAUGCGCUCUCGGAUCCGCAAUGCAGCUUAUGCAGUAUGCCCGUGCCUGAAGGCCGUUUUGGUAUUCACGGCUGGGGUGGUGAUCAACACGAUGGUAAUGGAUCCGAAUCUGAAAGUAACAACCGAAACAUCUGUUAUGGAUGUACAAGAUCGCUCCCUAAAGCUGUCUGA